AUGUUAAGUCAGCAACGUCGUUCACCAGAGUCAUCGGCUGGAUCAAAGCGGAGUGAGUCGGCAGCUACAGGAUCAAUAAACAAUAAAGAUGAACAACAAUCUGAGCUGUCAGGGAGUUCGGACGAAGAGACUAUAAAAAAAGUUCCAUCACCGCCACCACCAGUUCAAAUACCACAUUCUAAAACAACAAAAUCAUCUUCAUCAUCAUCAAAGAGUAGCUCUAAUGCAUCGAGUCCCAAACCAUUUAAAACUAUUGCAAAUCCAGUAAAAAAAUCUAUUCCCAUCACUUUUCAAGCAUCUCUUCCAAAAAGCAAGAGUCCACAGGAAAAAAAUAAAACCAUACAAGAUCUCGUUAAGAAUGCACAAUUACGUUCGAUACCGAAAAAAUCGACAACAACCUAUGGCGGAACCAGUGCAAUUGAUAUAGAAAAGGAGCAAGCAGAAUUAAUUCCGAUUACAAGCAGUCGAAAUGGAAAGAAAAAUUUGAGUGUUUUUGAAAAAAUUGAUACACACAAUGGGCAUAGUAGCUAUUUGGGCACAGGUUCCUAUUCACAAUUAGAAAAUUGUAUACGUAGCUGUUUAUUACAGGAUCCACAUCAUAAAAAUCUGGCAAAUCAUACAACAAAAUAUGAAUAUUCAUCGAAAAGUUCAAAACGUGCAUCUGUACUUGAAGAUUACAGUUACGAUGGAAUCGUAUCACCAAAUCAUCAUGCAGCUCAUUCACAUAGUUAUAGUCAUCAUCAUUAUAAUGAUCGUCAUUUCGAUCAUCGUAAAAAAUCGGCAGCAGAACUUUCUCUCGCUGAAAUUCGUCAAGUCAAUGAUGCUCUUGCUAAAUAUGGUAUACCUGUUUUUUCACAUCAACCAAAUCCUUAUACUCCACAUCCUCCUCAACGUAACAUCAGUGAUAUUUUAUCGGCAUGUCGACUUCUCGUUGAAAAUCCAAAUCUUGCACCACACCCAAAUGAACAUGCAGCUGUACAACAUGUUUGGGAUAGUAUACAGCAUCAACCACCGAUGCAAACUGCUCCUGGUUACGCACCACCAGCUGUGCAUGCUGCUUCAUCACAUAUAUUUCCAGGUAGUCAAGCUCCGUACAGUCCUCUUCAAAGUGUUCCAACACAUUUAUUUCCUGGUCAACCACAACAACAUUUCACUGGAUCACCAUUUAGCAGUGCAUUUCAUCAAUAUCCUGGCAAUAAUAAUUUCACGUAUUAG